CCGAACAGCCCCUAAAUAUUUAUCGAAGUCUUUGUAUAUUUCCCCAAAAGCUGUACGCUCAUUUUUUACCAUAAUGCAACAGGAGAAAACAGGACAACCUCUGGAACCCUAAACUGCUGACAGUGGAGCCCGAAUCCAGUUCAACAUGUUGCAAGUUUCUCAGGAAUCGUUGACAUCUCCAAUUUUGGAGGAUUGUUUGAAUCUCUUGAGGAGCGAGCGUGAUGAACAGAAACUUGCGGGCCUCCUCCUUGCUACAAAGCUCUCCAAGGGAGACGAACAUGCUUCAAUGUUCUCAAUUUACAAAGCUAUUGGGACUCGCUUCUUGCAUCGCCUAUUGAUCACAGGAGCAGGCAGUGCCCAAGGAGGAGCUGAUAGGGAUGCGUACCUCAAACUGUCUGUUACGGUUCUGGCUGGAUUUUGCCGGGUACCUGAGAUUGCUUCAUCCAAGGAAAUGAUCUCCGAGGUUCCUAUUAUUGCUGAAAUCAUAUCCAAUUCGUCAGAUCCUUCUAUUUUUGAGGAAUGCUACGAGUUCUUGCUGUUGGUUGCUUCAGCUUCUAAGAAUGCAAUAACACAAAUUAUUGAGUCAGGGUCCAUUCAGCAUUUGGCUCGGCACAUCUCUUUCUUGCCUGAUGGUUCUCGGUCACUGGAACAUGCUGUGAGACUUCUGCAGCUUAUUUUGGAUGAGAUACCUCUCCAAACUAUGGACAAAAGAUAUCUUUCCGCAAUGUCAUGGAUGGUGGCUUCUCUUUCCAAACUAUUUGCUGUGCUGCACAAUGCCCUCAAAUUUGAUGUGAUGCACUUGCUUACAGCCUUUCUGUCUUCGCAAAAUUCUUUAUUUCAUGAGGCUUUAGGAGAAUUAUCAAGCGAAAAUUGGGCAGCUUAUAUUCACAUUGGUGUCAUGGAAAUCCUACAAAAUCGCAUUGUUUCUUGUGAGAAACUUCAGGCUCUUCAGCUUCUGGACUCAAUAAUGCAUAUACUUGGCGAGAGUUGGAUUUUAGAAGAGAAAACAAUGCUUGAAGUCCAAGCAACUCUGUCAGUUGAAAAGUUUCUUCUACUUGUACUUGAGUCUGCAAGAGUGGAGGUUGCUGUUCUUCUCAACGAGCUAGCAUAUCUGAAAUAUGAAGCGUCUAAAAGUUCUACUUCUGAAUCUGUACUAUCAAAGCAACAAAACCUUGCUGUAUUAUAUUCGUUGAUAGAGAAGAUCAUUAAGCUGAUUUCAGGUUCUAGUGAGGUAGAGGGUACCAUUUUAAGUGAAGGCAUUGUGAUGCAGAUGAUUUCAGGACUAAAUGAGACAGUUAAUUUAGUUUUUGAUUAUCUACAAGAUGCAAAGGAUCAUUGUCAUAGGAAAGGAGAUGACAUUUUGGCUGCUGUAAGAAUCGUUGGGAGUUAUCUUGCAGAGGUUCCCUUUGCAUGCAAGGAGAAGACACGAGACCUUCUGCAAUACAUCCUUUCUGUUGAAGGUGAAGAUGAAUCAAGUCCUUUCUACUCUAUAUGCUUCCUCCUUCCAAUGCUGUGCCAAACAACUAUGGAGAUUGAUGGAUGCAAAGAGCUGGCUUCAUUUGGAGGGCACAAAUCGGUUGUGGACUGCCUAGUAAAGUUGCUUGAAAAAAACGGAGCUUCUUUUGAGAAUACUGGAACCAUAUACUUGGCAUGCGAUACAAUCUUGAACCUUCUAUUAAGUAGUAAGGAACUUGGAAGUCAGAUAGAGGGGUCUCAAUUUCUCUUACUUUUGCGAGAACUAUGUUACUGGGCAGAGAACAGCAACGACCCAUCUGUUGUCAUGAUGGCUUCAAGCAUAUGUGCCCUGGUGUUUGAUCUAAUGUCAGAGAAGAAUCUCUUAAAUCAUCCAGAAUUUAACCAUAGUACACUUGAAAGCAUAUCUCAGCUGAUCAUCAAAAGUUUCAGCCAGCAGGUGAUGCCAACGGACAAGUCGAAUGACCACCGCGAUCUCCAUGAAAUUGUUCGUGCAGGGUAUGAUCGAUGGGCUCAUCGGUUUCCAUUUGUCCAAAAUGCUGUAGCGCGUGCAAUGAAAGCUUGAGUUGUUAUGCCUUCUGUUAUGUUGACUAGUGAGACAUCAAAUGUUUUAAAAGAAUGUUUUUUUUCCCACAAGAUGAUAGUGAAAGAAAUCCCUACGAAUGCACAUAUGAAAAAAAAAGAAGAAGAAAAAUCUCUAGGGGGGUAUUAUCUCA